UGCAUAUAAACACCAGCAUGACCCCCACCCAAAACAAUUACACAAAAACAGAACACGUCAUAAGAUUAGAUUAAUAAUACAAUCAACAUUGCAACCUUUUUUCACUGAAUGUUAGUUGAGAUACUUUGCCAGUAUAACAAUUUAAAAAGUAACGGUUGCUUAUACAAAGAGGUCGCUUGGCUUGUAAAAAUAGUGUGUGUUAUGUUUGAGCUUAGUAACAAACAAACCGGCUAGUGUUGGUGGCAAAGGUUCUUGUAUUUAAUUUACUCCAACACUAAGAUAACCACUUCUUCCCCGCAUCUUUCUUCCUAGAUAAGUUUUCUUGUCCACUUCUUUCAGUCAACAAUGGCCGAAAAAACAACAGAACUCCAAGUCUUGGACAGCAAUAGCCAGUUCACCACUAACCUAUACAAUGCUUUGAACGAAACAUCAUCAGGAAAUAUAAUCUUCUCUACCAUCAGCCUUCAUGCCGUUCUUUCCAUGGCCUACCAAGGUGCCCGGGGUACAACUGCUGAAAAAUUUGCUUCCACAUUGAAAAUACCUGAAGCGAAAAUUGCUACAGAAGGCUACAAUAUCGUGAUGAACCGUCUCAAUUCUGUUCCCAACGUUACACUCUUGAUGGCUAACAAAGUUUAUCUUAUGGAGGGACACAAGCUUUUACCAGAAUUUAGUAACGUUGUCACGAAGAAUUUCCGAUCUGAAGUACAAUUACUUAAUUUUGGUGCCAGUGAGACAGCUGCUGCAACUAUUAACACUUGGGUUGAAGAGAAAACAAAAAAUAAAAUCAAGGAUUUAAUAGACAAACAAAAUUUAGAUGAAUCUACCCGUUUAGUGCUUGUAAACGCUAUCUAUUUCAAGGGCAGUUGGAUGCACAAAUUUGACAAGGAAGACACUAAAACUGAACCGUUCUAUCUUAAUGAUGGAGAUUCAGUAGAUGUGGAAAUAAUGCACAUAACGAGAAAAUAUCACUACAAAUCUGCUAAAGAGUUAGGAGCUCAAAUUUUAGAAUUGCCUUACACUAACGACAACGUUAGCAUGGUCAUUGUUUUGCCCUUCAAGAAAGAUGGAAUUGCCGAAUUGGAAAAACUACUGGCUGGUGUAAACUUAACAGACAUCACAAAUAAAAUGCGGUACGUUGAGGUUACCGUAGCCUUACCAAAAUUUAAAAUUGAACAAACCAUUGAUCUGGAAGAUUCUUUAACCAAGCUUGGACUUGGAGAAAUAUUUAAUCCAUCUGCGGCUAAUUUCAGUGGCAUGAUUUCUUCAAAAGAGUCACUAUUUGUGAGCAAAAUUGUACAGAAAGCUUUUAUUGAAGUAAAUGAAGAAGGCGCUGAGGCAGCUGCAGCGACUGGAGUGGUGAUCAUGACUGAAAGCCUUCUAAUGGGUCCAAAUAUCUACUUCACUGCUGAUCAUCCUUUUAUUUUAAUGCUGUUAGAAAAAUCUUCUGGUAAACCAAAUAUUUUAUUUACUGGAAAAAUAAUAAACCCUCAACUGUAAGAACAGAUCUGUUUCCUCUGUGGAACUCUUUAACUAGUUAAAAUGUAAAAUAAAUGUUUGUUGUUGCUUUUUUUUAUUCUACUCGAUUGUUUCUAAUAUUAAUUUUUAUAUUCGCGCAAAAUGUUUUACGUUACUAAAUAUUAUAUUAAACUUGUAAUUUGCACAUAAAGUACAUACAUUCAUCUAA